AUGCGAACGAGAUGCUUUCCAAGGCCCUGGUCGCAGGGCAGGUGCAACGUUCCGAUUGUCAAGUACAGAUACCGUGCGACUGUGUUACGCCGGCUGCUGCAGCGGCUGCUUCCCUUUGCAGUCGCCUGUGUGACAGACUGCUGCUGCCACACUGUAUGGCUGGCCGUGAAGGCUUCGGCUGCUUGGCCCCGUGUGGGUUUAUGA